AUGAUGAGUUUUUAUUCUUCUCCAUAUAUUUUCUUCUUAUAUAGAAAAUCCCAAAGCAAUACAUAUAUAUGUAUAUAUACAUGUUCAUGUACCUUUGGUAAAUCAUGGAAUAAUUGGGUGAAUCAGGCUAACUGUUUAAAUUUCAUGAGAACGAGCAGAUUACUAAUAGGUGAAACUUCAUUAGAAAGAGCACGAGGAAGAGAAUUCGCAUACUUAAAAGAUAGAAUAAAUGAUUUAUUGAAUGAAGAUGAUGAUGAUGUUUUUGGAAAACGUUUAAAUGAUUUAGAACACGAUGUUGUAUUUAGAAAAAAAUUUAACAAAUUAAUCUAUGAUGAAAGUUAUCAAAAGAAACUCGAUGCACUCAAUGAUAUGAAUGGCAAUUUAGACUUAUCAUUUGACAAUAUAAUAAACAGUCAUGAUCAAAAUAAUGAACUGAAAAAAAAAAAAAAAUUAAAACGUAAUAAUUCAUUAGACCUUGACAAUUUCUAUGAUGAAGACUCUUUUGAAUACAAAAAUGAUAAUUUUCCUAAUUUACAUAUGCAGCUAGAAACAUAUCAUAAAUCGAAAAAACCGAAAAAGACAUUCCAAUAUGGAAAGAAAAACAAAAAAUCAACUUCUUUAGGAAAAAAUAAAUUUGAUGCUGUAUUGGAACCUGAUUCUCUAAAAGAGAUAGUCAUGAAAACAUCUACUCGAGAAGAGCGGGCAUCAGAAGGAUUCAUGGAUACAUUAAAAAGAUUAGAUAAAGAGUUUGAAGUAGAAUUAUUACGUGCAAUAAAAAAAAAAUCAUUUUCUGAUUAUGAAGAGUGCAAAUUUAAAACAUACAAAGGAAAAAAAAAAUAUAUUAUGAGAAUUCUUAGAAUAUACUUACCACCAACAGUACUAAUGGCAAUAUUAAUGAUAAUGAUAAUAUUUCCUAUAUUUUUUAAUGAAUAUAUAUUUGCAUUUUUAUCGUUAGUCUUCUUUGCAUUAGCUACAUAUUAUGAAUACAAAUUUACAAAAAUGAAUAGAAUAAAUGAUUAUACAAACAAAAUAUUAUUAACAUACAGUUUUAUAUAUUUUUUUGCUACAUAUAAUGAUGGUUUUAUGUAUUUUUUAACUAUAUAUUGA